GUUGCGUAAGUUGGCACCAUUGGCAUGAGUUGGCUAUCCUAACCAAGAAAUCCUUACAUUUGACAGUUGAAAUUUUCCUGUGAAUUCGCGAAAAUUGUCAGCAAAUAUGGCUGACGAUGUUCCGGUAAAUCCUGGAAAUUCGGAGGAAAAACAAUCAGAAAGCGAGGAAAAUGCAUCGGAGACGAAAAUUACAGUAACAGUGAAAACGCCGAAGGAAAAGGAAACCUUAGAAGUUAACGAGGACAUGGGCGUCAAAGAAUUCAAGGACUUAAUAGCGGCAAAAUUCAGUGCCGAACCCGAACAAUUAUGCCUUAUUUUCGCGGGAAAAAUAAUGAAAGACGGAGAUAACUUAAAGCAACAUAACAUUAAGGAUGGCUUAACUAUUCAUCUCGUAAUCAGGGCUGCUCCUAGGGCCGAUACUACACCUCAGAGACCACCAGCGGACAUUAGUGCGACACCGUUCGAUUUGGGUGGUUUGGGUGGUCUAGUGGGUUUGGGUAAUAUGGGGGCAGGUUCUUCGACUUUCAUGGAGAUGCAGAACCGCAUGCAAACCGAGCUGCUUUCGAACCCAGACAUGCUCAGACAAGUGAUGGACAAUCCUUUGGUGCAACGUUUGAUGAACGACCCGGAAAACAUGCGUAACUUGAUAACGAGGAACCCUCAGAUGCAAGAGUUGAUGGAGCGGAACCCGGAGAUAAACCACAUGCUCAACAAUCCGGAGUUAUUGCGGCAGACUAUGGAGCUGGCGAGGAACCCGUCGAUGCUCCAAGAGUUGAUGAGGAGUCACGAUCGAGCAAUAAGCAACUUGGAGAGCAUACCAGGGGGGUACAAUGCUUUGCAGCGCAUGUAUAGGGACAUACAGGAACCUAUGUUAUCGGCUACGGCGGAACAGUUGAGCCGCAAUCCGUUCGCUAGUCUGGUGGAUAAUACGUCGACCAAUAAUCCUCAGCAAGGUACGGAGAACAGGGAGCCGCUACCGAACCCAUGGAGCGGACAGAGGCCGGGCAAUCCGCCGGCCACUUCGCCCGGUAGAGGUGUGGUGAACAAUCCGCCAAUGGCGAGCUUACUGCAGCAAAUGUCCGAGAACCCAUCUCUGAUGCAGAACAUGCUGUCGGCACCGUACACCCAAUCGGUUAUGGAGGCACUAGCUGCAGAUCCCAACAUGGCGUCAUCACUAUUCGCGGAAAAUCCUCUACUGAACUCCAACCCAGCUCUGCAAGAGCAAAUGAGAACGAUGAUGCCGCAAUUCUUGCAGCAAAUGCAAAACCCCGAAAUACACAACCUGAUGAGCAAUCCGCAAGCAAUAAAUGCCAUAAUGCAGAUACAACAAGGCAUGGAAACUUUAAGGCAAACCGCUCCCAGUCUAAUCAACACGUUCACGCCGCCGGGCGUUACGCCGCCUGCGUCUGCGCAGAGCCCCAGCGCCCCCGCGGCCGCCGCCGGUACCACUACUACCCCCACCACUGGCACCACUACCACUGCGCCUACUACGACCGGCGCGCCGCGAACAGGAGACCCGUUUUCAGAGUUUAUGGCCCGCAUGGUUGCCGGAAUGUCUCAGAACACGGAUAAUUCCGUGCCGCCAGAGCAGCGCUAUCAGCCUCAGUUGGAGCAGCUGACAGCUAUGGGUUUUUUGAACAGAGAAGCGAAUUUGCAGGCUCUGAUUUCGACAUUUGGAGACAUAAAUGCGGCAGUCGAGAAGCUGUUAGCGCUCGGUCAACUGUCCAUGAGCUAACCUUUUUGUAAUAAUUGAGUUCAAAAUGUUUUAUUCCAUUUUUGUUUGCAAUUUGAACCUACUUUUUAAUCAUAAAAGCCAAACUUUCAUAAUUAUGUAGUUUUACAUUUAAGUAAAUUUUAUUAUUAUUGGUAAAGUUUUAUUUUGUGUUGCAGUUGUUUCUACAUGUAGUCUCAAUAAGAAUAAAUAGUGCUGGAAAGUUUCUGGCAUUUUGUUGGAUGUAAUUCUUUGAAAUAUUUUAAAAAGUUUGCGCAGUUAAUGUAAUCAUUUGAAAUAUUUUUUGGGAAAAAUUUCACUUGAUGUUGGUUAGGAUUUGAUAUACACUAAAUUGCAAGAAGCAUCAUAAUCUUGUAUGUUAAAUGUUCUUUCAAUUAAAAAAAAAUAUUUAUUUUAAUCAAAAUUAUCACUUUUUUAAUAAUUUAACUAUAUGGGUGUAUUUAAUUAAUAUAACCUAGUAUGUGAUGGUCAAACAUGUAACUAUGAUUUACCAGGUUAUUUUUUUGUAGAGAUACAAAGUUUUCGGAUUUAUGUGGUAGUUUUCUUUUUAAUAAAAUCAUCAAAAAAAAAUAAAUUACAUAAAUAUGCACUAUUAAUUAAUACAGUUGUGUAAUUUUAAUCUGUUAUCUUUGUGAAAAUUGAUUAUUAGAAGAAUAAACAUUUUUUAGGAG